UCACCAGAGGGGGUCAACGACGCAAAAUGCCGGUGAGGUACCUGUCGGACGAGGAGUUAAAAGGCUUUGAAAACUAUGAGUACACAUCCAAGGACACAAGCCCCCUCAGCAACUAUGUUAUGCACCCAUUUUGGGACCAAGCUGUCAAGCUGGUACCAAGGCGUAUUGCGCCGAACGUGUUGACGUUCACCGGAUUUUUGCUAACCAUCGUCAACGUUCUACUCCUGUCAUAUUAUGACUAUGCCUUCUAUGCGUCCAGUGAUCUGCAUCCAAACAUUUUACCAGUUCCCCCUUGGGUUUGGCUCGUGUGUGCUGUAAACCAAUUCCUCGCCCACACGCUGGAUGGGAUAGACGGAAAGCACGCCCGUAAGACCGGGAGCAGCGGCCCGCUCGGAGAGCUGUUCGACCACGGCUUGGACAGCUGGGCCACCUUGUUCAUGCCGCUGUGUUUGUACUCUGUGUUUGGGAGGGAAGAGUUCAGCUGCAACACCCUCCACUUCUAUUUCCUUCUUUGCAACAUCCACUUCUGCUUCAUCCUGUCCCACUGGGAGAAGUACAACACGGGCAUCCUCUACCUUCCCUGGGGUUACGACCUCUCGCAGAUGGUUCUACUGUUCAGUUUCGUCUUUACGUACAUAAAAUCUUACAAGUACUGGAAGUUCACCUUCCUGGGGCUUGGCUCGGGAGUCUGCUUGGAGGUCUUGUUGCACGUGGCAGCAUUUUUCAUGACAAUACCCAUGAGUAUAUACAAUGUUUGUUGUGCCUACAAAGCAGGCCACAUGCGCCACACCUCUUGGGUGGAAGCCACACGGCCCAUGCUUUCUGUUUUCAUUCUGUUUCUUCUGACUCUGACCUGGAGCCUUCGGUCGCCCAGCAACAUUGUGGAGCGGGACCCUCGCAUCUUCUACGUCGUCAUCGGCACCGUUUUUUCCAACAUUUCGUGCCGUCUGAUAAUCAAUCAGAUGACAUCGACACGGUGCGAAGCCUUCAAUCUCCUGCUGUUGCCAGUUUCCCUGGCAGUCAUUGGCUGCUUGGGUCUCGGAUGGGAUGAAGUUCUCGUUGUCCGACUGUUGGCUGUUUUUGUCUCCGUCUGCCAUGUCCAUUACGGGAUUUGUGUGGUGCGGCAAAUGUGUCAACACUUCAACAUCUACUGCUUCUCGCUACGGAAGCCGCAAGUUGAGUAGAACAAUGCGUGAACUCCUCCUUCGAGCUUGUUAAAAAAGAUUUUUUCUGGACCCUUCACUACAGUUUACCAAAGAAGUGCCUCCACCACACACAAAACAGACUGUCUAGCUCCUCCUCCUUUUUUUGGUUUCUUUAGCAGAAGACACUUGUUUUAGCGUUACCCUUUCCCUUCUGUUCAUCGCAUUAACCAGCAUAACAGCCUGCAUCCUCACGUGGUGAAAAAAAACAAAGACUAGGUUGGUCAACCGUAACACAGUCUGUGGAGUAGUAGGCGAGAGACUAAAAUCCGAAAGGGCGAAAGACUCCACAAAAUGGCUGCCGUGAACAUUGGCCAAAAGGUGGCAGCCGUGAGCGUUAGAUGUCUGCCGUGACUGUUGGACACCAAAUUACAGUCAUGGGACAAUUUGGUUGCAAUCUGUGGCGUUGCAAGUAAGGUAGUAACACUAGUCAAAUAAGUUCGGGAAACCUUUCAGCCAAAGUAAACGGACAUACUCUACUGCGGUUUGUCGUAAAUUCUUCCCUCUGAACGUCUGUUGGCUUCUUUUUGCGGAACGCCAACGUUCCGUAUUUGCCGCGAUGACCAAAAAUAUUUAUUGCAUAUUUUUUAUCUCUCUGCGCGUGCGUGCGAAUGCUCGCGGAUGCGCGCUUUCCUUCAUGUGGCGCACGGGUCAUGGCAGCUAUUUUUUGGUGUACAUAGUUUCGGUAGUAGGGAGCAAUACUCUUGUCUUAUUGGGCGGAUUAUGCCGUGUGCUUGCAGUGUACGUCGAAUGUGUGCAAUCCACGCAGGUUUGUAAGAUGGGUGUAAACUGCUAGCUUGCACGUAUGGGAUGGACUCUAUAAUGCUGUGUAGCAGGACGUUAUAUUGCACAACCUUACAGAGCUGCCAAGGUGUUUGGUGCAUGCGAGAAUAAGGAGAUUCUCUGUUUUCUUUUUUUUUUUUUUCUUUUUUUCGUAUCUCUCCUCAGCUGUCUUGCUACCUGAUCCGUGAUUACGCACGUGACAUUCUUCUCUCUCUCAGUGUGAUUUUUUGUCCUCUGUGCUUCUUUUUAUCCAUUCUUCCAAUGGCCUGCUUACAAAUUUGCAUGGAUGAGAAACAGGCUUCACUAAGAUCAUGAGUGGUUAUCUAUAUAUACACACUUAUACACACUGUACAUACACGCUACAUAUAUAAUGCAACAAUGUGUUCAACUGUCGAAGAGUGUGCAUAGCACAUAUUGGGUGUUUUUCAAUGGAGAUUCAGUCUUGGCACGAUCGGAGUGGUAUUUACAUCGUUUUGUGUUGGAGGGUCCGUCAUGGGGGCGAAUGGUUCAACAGCCGAUGCUGAAACAGGCAAAAAAAAAAAAAAAGCUGAUACGACCCUCAUUCUAUCUCGCUUAUAUCUUGUAUAACAUCCACUGAAAAAAAAAAAUCAUCAACGAGCAAUGCCAAUAUAAAGGCUCUCCUUGACUGUUUUAUCUAUUUUCACAUUGAGGCUCGAGGCACUUUUUCCUAACGAAAAAUUCUUUGGCUGCUAGAAAAAAAAAUAGCAUAUUUAUUCGGAAAAAACUAACAGCCAUUUAGAACCAGAUUCCUCUAGUAAGUUCAGUAUGCGUAUCUGAAAAGAAAAUGCGUACCGCAGUUCAAACAGAAAGAAAUGGGCUAACACGUUCGCUAAUAUGUACGUGUCUUCUGGGGUCUUCGCGAGCUGUUUAAAAGUCUGUGUAGCAAAAUAAAAGGGGUCCCUCGAUUGUUUCAAUUUCCUUAUUGGAAAUUAAUGACGCAACCUAGUCAGAAAAGUUGUUUGUGUCAAAUAUAUUUACGUAGCAAGCUCAAUCGAAGUUUGUUCUUUUCUGCUUUACAUCUUUGAUAUAGGAGAUUUUAUUUUAAAGGGUUCUUCACUAAUCACAGUUUAAGCCUUAACACGUGCAUUGCUUUCACAUGACAGUGACUGGACGUGCGUGUGGGCGUGGUCGUACCCGCAGAUCAGUACAGAACAGCUGUGGCUGCAAUAAUGUUCCUAAACAGUUUUGUGUGCACAGAAGUAAAAUCUUUUGUCAAUUAACAUUUUCAUUGUGUAGGUUUUUUUUCCUAUGAGUGCAAUGAUCGCGAGCGUGCAGAUAUACUCAACAUCUGCGCAGAUGUGAAUACAGAUUUUCAGAUCCUAGAAGUGUGGGUGAACUGUCAGUGUUAUCUGCACACACCUCUAACAUAACCACCCCCUCCACGUGUGAUUAUAACCACUCUGCGAGCAGCUUAUACCUAUCGUUUUGCUUUUGAGAGUCUCUUUGGUGUCGUUUAUUUGUGACAAAGUUACAUUUUGUGACAUUUUGUUAAUCUUUCUUUGUUUUACAGGCAGUAUGACAGUUAACGGUUUAAGUCACGGUUCCCUCUUGGUCUGAAGUCCACCACUGCACAUUAAUGUAUCAUAGAACACCUUUUUUUUUUGUUGUGUGUCUCAUGGGACGCUGUUUGCAGAAUCUCAUUUGGCAAGAACCGGGAGGAAAACACGCACACAUCCCAUGUUGAAGAUGCACAAGCUUGAUUCCUCAGUUGCUCGUUCAAGGUGCUGAUACAAAGUACCGUAAUUUCACGUGUAUAAGCCGCACCGCAGAUAAGCCGCAGGACGCGUUUUUAGGAACGUUUUGAAAAUUUUCUGGCAGAUAAGCCGCACUCGCAGAUAAGCCGCGGGCAAUACGAGACGACUGAUUUGUGAGACAAAGGAGACCAUAGAGAAGGCCAUAAACCUUGUGGUCCAUACUACAGGGUCGGCAUAGUGUACAGCAAAGGAGGUCAGCUCUAGAAUUCUACCAAGAUCGGAUUGUGCCCUUGUUGGGAGUUUUUCAUGGAUUGAUGGGUCAGUGGUCUUCCAGAAGACGUGAAUCACUGUCACCACUUUCGUUAAAACUGCUUGGGGGAAUGCACCAGGAAGAUCAGUCUACUCGAAUGUGGACCCGUCCCUGUUACGCACUGUUCAUGCAUCGGCAGGGCAGUGCUGUUCCAGAGACACUGUCGGCCCUUUCGUUAAAACCGGCGUAUGGGGAAAAUACCAGGAAAAAAUAGUCACAAGAUAAGCCGCACCGGUGGAUAAGCCGCAGAGCGCCCGUGAGAAAAAAAAAUCACGCAUAAGCCGCGGCUAAUACGCGUGAAAUUACGGUACAUAUAACACUUUCACACCUCGAAGCACGAUAACAGACCUAAAGCUGUUAUCGAGGCAUUUUGAGGGAUAGAUUCAUCAUUUGCUCUUAUCCCAAAGUGUAGUCCUCCGACUACUAUCUAGGAGAUUUCUUUUUAAAAAUUUGGAACAAAUGUCGGUGUCUUUCACGACAUCACAGAUCGGGCUACAUGCAGGAGCCUCCUGCAUUUGUGUUAUGUAACACCACAGCAUACGAGAUGCCUUCCAUGUGUCUUGCAUGUGCCUAAGAACUAUAAACACUUCACAGACAUCACACUUGACAAGUGAGAUUUCGGAACGGGAAAAGUCUCAAAGCCAAAACUGUACUUCAAAAUCAGUGCUUGUUGUUGAAACAGAUUCAGGCAUCGUGUUGCACUUUUUGUACAUACAGUGUUGCUUGUAUUAUGUGUGAUUUAAAAGAAAAAUAUCUAGUUAUGGUUUCA